AUGCUUCUGCCUCUGAUAAUCUUCCAGCUGCUGCUGGCUCCAGCGCUCAUGGUAAGUUUCCAGCAGCUCCAAUGAAAAUGAAAACAAACUGAAAGCUGCAAGACAUGAAGACACAAGUUUACAUCCUAUUUUUAUUACUAAUUCAGAAGCCGACUCAAAGCAAAAAUAAGGAGCAUUUUGAAUCUGUGAGGUAGUUAAGUGUCUUUUUGUCUGAUUCGGUGCUAAGUUGGAGAUUUAGCUCCCUGGUUGAUCCACAGAGGCAGCAGCUCUUGAGGUGGUGACUCUGGGUUCGACUCCCACUCGCACCAAUCGAGACAAACAGGAGCAGGAGUUUCAGCCUGACUUGUUUUAGAGCUUUUUUAGAACAUGUAAACCCUUAAAAACCUGGUCUAACUGCUUUUUUGUGUCCAGGUGCCCAACGUGGAUCACUGGGACGCUUGGGGUCCUUAUGGUGAGUGCAGCCGGAGCUGCGGCAGCGGCGUUACCAUAAGAACCAGACGCUGUAUCACCCACAGGUAAGACUCACCUGCCUCCAUUUAUUGCUUUUUAAUACACCUGCACACACAGAGGGGCAUUCCAGUAAGAACUCGGCCUCUCCUGGUCAAACUCAGCUGCACACACACACCGCUUCUCCUUUUUCCUGUGUAAAUAAAUCUAAUUGUGAGGUUCGUGGGCACUCUCUGGAUCUUGAUAGAGGAGGAAUGCCUUGAAGUCACGCUGACGUGGGCUUGUUUUACAUCCAGAACAGACUUCAGGGAGGGGCCCUUUCACAUUAAAAGACCUCUCUUUAAUGGGUGUUGGCUGUCGGGGAGGAUCUGAUGGGGGUGAACGUUUUUCGACUUGUCCUUUUUUGCUUUUAAAAGAGUCUCUUUGCUGCACGUGUUUUGGUUUUUGGAGUGGAAGUGCUUUGAACACAGUUGAGUCCACUUUAAGUCUGUUUGUAAAGCCGCUUCUUUUACAUCUGAGUAAAUAGAAGUAUUAAGGUAAGGCUUUGUAAACCUUCUGCUGGACUCAAAUCACAUCAUCUGUAUUCAUAAGGUUUGGAGUGAUAAAUGAUGUUUCACUGCUUCUUGGUAAGGGUUCAAACGUAGAGACGCACCAAUCAGAUUUGGGUUUUGAACAACACCAGAAAGCUCUCGGUUCACCUUAGUCGUCUUUGCUUUGGGUUCAUUUUGCGUCGCUCCUCUAACCACACAGAUCACUGACUUUGCAGUAAUUAUAAGAACCUGUUUGUUCUUUUGAAAUACAUCCAAACUGUUUACACCUGAGCGCCCUUCAUGCAGGUGGGGAAGUUCCCGUUCUCGUUCUUUGAGCUAAAUAAGGUCUGGCAAACAACUGGUGCGUGAUACAUCAGGUGUAUUUCAAUAUAUACGUAUGAUUGAACUGAAGAGAUUGACCCAGGAUCAACCCUAUUGACACUCAGUCCAGCUCUUUCAGUCAGCAGAGGCUUGAAUACCCGUGUAAAUGCUAUGAUUUAUUUGUUGGCUGCUGGUUCAAUGUUUAAACAAUUAUUAAACCAAUAAUAAAGUAAAUAAAUAUUUCCUAUUUGAAACUUUGUGGAUUUGAAUAACUUGAAAGUAAUAAAUGGCAUGAUGUUAAAAGAUGAAGCCAAGUGCCAAAACUGCAGUUCCUCAAGUGUCCACUUGAGGCUGCCCCAAACAGACAGGUAAACCUAUUGAGGCGCAUGUUAAAAUGCUAUUUUUUACAGCAACAUUAAACAUUUUUGCAGCCUGAUACAAAACACAGUUUAGGGUAUAUAGCUCAGAUUUAUACAGAAGCGUACUGCAUUCACCAACUAAACGUUAACGUUAUCUGAUUGCAUGAGAUAACAUUAACCUCGCAUACUUCAAAUCGCAGGAUUUUAAAGUAUCUUGUUUAUUCAGGAAAAAAAAUAGUCAGAAAAACAAAACAAAAACAAAAAAAUAAUAAUAAUAGUAGAAAAACAGAAAAAAAUGGUCUGAAAAAAAUUUUAGUGUAAAAAACAGAAGAAAAAAAAAUUGUCCAAAAACCGGAAAGAAAAAAAUACUCAAAAAACAGUUUCCUCUUUUUUUGUUAGUGAAUGCAUUACGCUUCCGUAGAAUUCUACUCUUACAAACUGAAGGGAGGCUAAAAUUUUUAUAACUCAGCUUGGUUGAGGAUAUCAAGACUAAAACUGUUGUGGCUUUGUCUGUGUCCGUGACGACCAAAAGUUGGAUUGAAUUAGCUUGACCCCUUCAAAACCUUCUUCAGAAACCUUCAGAGCAGACUCGCAGAACUUUAGUGUUUUUGUCUUUAUUGAGGGGACUGCUGAGGGGAGACAGGAAAUGUGGGGAUGACAGCGACUAAUCCAACAAUUGUUGCAACCUUGGUAUUUGGCCAGUCGACCCUGAAUCAGUGCUGAAGUUUCUUUCACAGUUUCCAGCCUUUAGGUUUAACCUCCACUUUAAGGUUGCUGUUACUGUCACUCUUCCUUCACCUCCGGAUAAACUCGGAUCUUCUGCUGCGUAUGAUCCCCGACCGUCUGAGGUCAUCGGCUGCUGACUGUAGGUGUGGCUGAGUAAUUGAGCGGUGGUUCUUCUGAGGGGAUUUAAUCGAAAAGUAAAUUAAAUGUUCUUUGCCCACCAGGCACAACAUGCCUGCGACGAGUCCAAACACUGCUCUGAGUCAACUGUUUGACAUGUUGUGUUGCAUUUAUGUGAAGGCAAACUGUAGGAAAUUGCGGUUUUAUUGAAUUAGAUUUGACAUGAACGACAGGGUGGUAUGGAUGAUGGUGAUUUCUGGAUGUUUUCCACUCGAUGCAGGGUUACGACAUGUCUGUCGGUGAGUCUGUUUCCCCUCUUUCUCCUGCCCACCCUUACCGUCAGUAAGUGGAUCAACUCUGUCACAUCUUGUCUGCCAGGUUUGCCAGAAUCACACCUUAAAGCACUAUGAUUAGACAGGUGUUGACUCAUUGUGUGUUUUACAGGAACUCCCGUUUGACUCAGUGUUCGUUUCAGCGGAAUAUUUCCUGACCGCCAUCCAAAGGAGUCACGCUUCAAAGUGUCACGAGUCAAGGAAAGGUUAUCAUUUUGGCAGUUAUGGACUCCUCUGUAGUUAAAUAUUGUUUGAUCAGCGGUGAAUAAUCGUGAAUAACUUUCAUUCCCCCUCCUGUCUCUUAUGUAACAUUUAAUUUGACACUAUCUUCGUGCUCCAAAUGUUUGUGAUCCGUCUCAGGUGAAAAGUUGAAUGCUGGAUGUUGUCACUGAGUGUUUGGACAUGUUUUUAGUCGGAGCUUUGGCGUGCCGUCAGUCAGCAGAAGCAUGUCUUGUUUUCUGGGCCUGAGGGCGGGUACUUUUGGAGGUGACUUAAUCAUGAGUUAUCAACAUGGCUCGAAGCAAGGGUGGUGAAACGAUCUGCUGUCUCACUGUUCCUGAGCGCUGACGGUGUGGAGGCCCCUCUCUCUCGUCGCUGAGAGCUUUUCUCUUUAACACACUGAGAUUAAAGAGGAAUGCUUCUUAAUGUUAGAGCAGAAAGUUGUUAUUUUUCGCGCUCGCAGACAGUCUGAGACGUAUUUGCAUACGUGCGCCGCAGCCUAACCUAGUCAUUAACUCUUUCUGCUUCUUUAUGACGAUCCAUAAACUUUUAAUAGAUCUGCAGCUGGAAAAAUGUAAAAGUGGAUUUUUUUUUCAGAGCUGAAAAGAUGGAAGUAAACAUAUAUUUGUGGCUUAAAGGGACAUUCCAACAAAUUUACACGUGACGCUUUACUGAGAAGUCAAGAGCAGUUUUGAUUUAUUUCUUUUGUCAGCUCUGGAAGGGGGUUUCUAUGGAAGAGGAUAAGGGCCACUGGGGAAACAAAGAAAGUCCAACAUAUUUUAUUUUUAUUGUUCCAAGUUUAAAGUCAGAAUUCUGCAAAAAAAAGUCUGAAUUCUGAGAUUAAAGUCAGAAUUCCGCCAAGUUGCAACAUAUUUCAUUUUCCUUGUUCUGAAUUUAAAGUCAGAAUUCUUAAGAAAAAAGUCAAAAUUACGAUUUAAAGUCAGAAUUCCAACUUUAAUCUCAGAAUUCUGACUUUUUUUCUCUGAAUGAUAAUUUUAAAUAUAUAUUUAUACAAAUAUUUCUGACCUUUUUUUUUUCAAGUGGCCCUCAUCCUCCUCUGUAGAUUUCCACAUUGUAAGAAAUGACCCUGUUUAUGUCAGAAUUGUUGUCUUAGUAUGGACAUUCUGCUGCAUUAUGGGAAAUGUAGGACUUAGUGUUCUUCAGUUUACGUCAGCCUCUACUUCUACAGAUGUGUUUCAAAAGAGGAGAGGGACCACCUGCCUUGUUAUCAGCUCACAGUUCAAAGGAUCCCUGAUGGUGGCGGGUGUAUAAGUGUUCAGGACAUGUGGGUCUAAGACCCCGCCUUCAUUCAUUAUUUCAGAAAACCACACUCUGCAGGUAUUACAACAGUGUUGCUCUGUAGUCAAAGAGUCCAGCUGAUAAACUGGUUAUAAAUGCAGCAAAUGGGCCACGGAAAUCCUGUAUCAGGCAAGAAUGGGAUGAUAAUAAUUUUUCUCAUCUAAGAAAGGAGCGCCGUUCUCCUGUUCUCCUGUUCCUGUCACCUUGUACGCAUCUGUUUACUGUAUGUUUCUUGGAAAGGAUGAACUGUAAAUGGGAAUUUCCCCUUGUGGGACUAAUAAAAGAGUAUCUUAUCUUACCAUGGUAAACAAAUCCUCGAUCUUUCAGUUUCAGUUUGAGAAAAUGAAAAUAGCCUGAAGCCUCCUGCUGAAAAGGGGGUUUGAGAAUUGCACAAGGUUUGUCUUCUCUAGAAAAACAGAUCAGCACUCAGUGUAGAAACCCAUUUCAUCACUUCCUGAUCCCAAGACUUGUACUCACCAGGGCCCCAAUGUCCCCCUAAAGACAGAUGGGGACAUACGAGCAGGGAGCCAGAACAACUGGGAACUUUCUAUCUUUCUUUUUUGUCGAGUUAGGCCCAACAGUUGACAAUUUUAUUAACAUGCACGGAGAUCAUUUGUAAUCAGGUCAAUAAUCGAACUUAAUCUUCAUGAACGUCUUUAUUAAAAGUGUCUCAUAAUGAUGUUUUAUUGUAACUACACAGGUCUGAUGGAGGACACAACUGUGUGGGACCGGACAAGUCUUACCGCUCCUGCAACAUCCAGGUGAACCAAACAACAAGAGUUUGACAACGCUAACAUAAAUCAAAGUAUCAUCUGCAAAACAACGAAGUGAACUGUUGAAUAUUGACGUCUAAUUGUCUCAUGAGCUCACUGUCGUCUCCCAUCGUCCCUCUCAGGAUUGUCCAGAAGGAUCUAAAGACUUCCGUGAAGAGCAGUGCUCGCAGUUCGAUGGGACCGACUUCCAGGGGCAGCGCUACAAGUGGCUCCCUUAUUAUGGAGGUCAGAGACGGGAACAGAGGGGAUGGUUAGGGGUUCAAAAACCUGCUCAGAUACACAUUACUCAGCUGAACUAAACUCAAAUGAAUUGUGUUUCUUUGACAGCCGAGAAUCCCUGUGAGCUGAACUGCAUCCCGAGAGGAGAGAACUUUUACUAUCGUCACCGCAGCUCUGUGAUCGACGGGACGCCCUGUCACCCCGGGCGGAGGGACGUUUGUGUGGACGGAGUCUGUAAGGUGAGCUUUCUUAAACUAGACCUCAUACACAGACACUCACAGUUCUCGUUUCACAUUAUUCACAAAACAAAGAGGCAAGAACAGCUGGUCAGAAACUCAAACGAGGGCGCUAACCGCUAAUCUUUGAUAGACACAAUUUCUUUCUUCACUUUCUUUAAAUCGUUGGUUUGGUUACAACAUUUCUUUGGUACUUGUAUCUUGAUUACAUUCUCGUGGUCACUAGCCAUCGUGAGUGUAGGAACAAGGAUUGAUUGAUAAAUUUAGCUAGAUAAUUUGGCAGGAUUGAAGACUGUAAUCUAGCUUGCAUGCCAGCUCCCCAGCAGUUUCUCAGUAAAGUGGUCAAGCUAACCGGCUUCCAUUGUGCCAUAACAAUUCCUAGUGACCUGUAACUCAUACAAAAACACUGAAAUAUCCCCAAGAAGGACACGCUACAAUGCAACAUGUGAUUUUUACUUCCUAAAAGAUCCCGACGUAGAGAUUAUCGCUCUUCCUCUCGGCCAAAUGUGGUCACCUCUGGCUCCGUAAACCGAGCUGAAAAAGGCCACCGUGCCUAAGUGGCGGCUGUAAAAUGUCAGUCCACAAACCAAAGCUGAUGUCACCGUGGUUACGCACACUCCCUGAAUGAAGACUGUGGUCGAUCAUUCCCGGUCUGCGCUGCAUCCUUCUACCAAACCUUCUUAAAAUAAUUGUUGCUGAAAAGGAGAAAAACACAAAAGCGUUUCCUGUCGUUAUCGUAGUCUUAGUGAUUCUUAGUUUUAGGUAUCUAACAGGAGUUUCACAGGUUUGGAGUUUUUCACAGGUUGAAGUUUCUGGUUUAAUUCACUGAUGGUGUUGGACUCGGUCAGAGAGGCAGAGCAGCGGGAGGAAAGAUUAGUUUCACUCUGCGGUAAAAUCAAACCCUCCUCCUGCUCUCAUUUGGUCCUCCUGUCAUUAUCACAGCAGCUCUCUCCUCAUGAAACACCUCCUCUGUUUGACCCCUGUCAUCAUGUCCUCAUCACCUCCUCAGAGGGAGCAGAAAUCUUAGACUUGCUCUCUCCUCAGACUCUAAUUCGGUCCUUUUACCUUCUCAAACCUCCACGUCCAGAUUUGUGUUUCGGGUUUGACGAUUGCCACUUCUGCAGGAAAAAUGUGUUUCUCCUCCCUUAUUAAGUCAGGUUUUGUUGUUUGGUUUGGCGACUAAAAACAGCUGUUUUGUUCUUUUUAAAGUUUUUACACUUUCCUGACUUGGCCACCUCUGAGUCUGCUUUAUAAUCCCUCUAAGAAAGGCGCUUGUGGAUCUCUGAAGAUCUGUAUCAGAACCAGUCCUGAUGCUAUCCGGUAUUUUAAUUUCGAGCCUGUCUAUGCACACUGUGACUCGUGUCAAAAGAGAUCCAAUCAUCAUAAUUUUUAUCCGUUUAAUGGUCCCCAGGAUGGGCGACAGAGAGGCAUCUUUCAACGGUGCAUCUCCCUGGGCAUACUCGGAGUUGGUCGAGCCAGAUGAGCUAGCAUUAGCGUGCUCAAUUGGGGAAUCGUCGUGGAGGUCUAAGUCAAAAACAAUCAAUUUUUGACACAAAUCUGACUCCAUAGAAAGCAACGGUAACCCUUUCUUUUACGGUACACUUAUUACCCAGUAAUUAACUAGUAACAACAUGAAAUUAUCUGGUUAUUACAUGGUAACUACUAAGUCAAUACUGUCUAGUUUUUCUUUUUUUCUUUUUUCUGUACAGCUCCAUUUUCAAAAGCUAUUUGGGGUUCUUAAUUUGUAUGAUUGACACUUGAUACAGCCUAUGGGCGUGCAAAGAUUGCGUUGCGAUACGCUGUUUGAGCCGAGCAUUAUCACAGCGACUCACCCGCCGAAUGUGUACAACGCUACUGCGCAAGUGGUGGUUCCAGUAAGCGGAAAAAAUCCUGGAAAUACCAGAGAAAUUCAGCUUCAGAUUUGUAUGAUGAUGGAAGGUUACCUACCUGGUAGCUAGACAGUAUUGACUUAGUAGUUAUCAUGUAAUUACUAGAUAAUUUCAUGUUGUUACCAGGUAAUUACCUGGUAAUUACCUGGUAAUAAGUGUACCGUAAAAGAAACAUAGGAAACUGUAAACAAAAGGAUAAAUGAUGAAAAGUUAGAGACCAGGAGUUUACACAGUUGCACAAAUAAUUUGUUUGCAAGUUACAAGUUUUACCUUUGAGAUGAUUUUUUGUUUUUUGCUUUGGUGAGUUUUAUUCUCCAUCAAAUUCUUAUAUUUGUUUGAUUAUUUUUGACACAAAUCUGACUCCAUACUGGUCGACUUGAGCCAGAUGAGCUAGCGUUAGCACGCUCGGUUUGGCGAAUUGUCGUCGAGGUCUGAGGGAGACUCGGGUGUUUUCUGAGUGGAUUUCUUAGGUUUGACCAUUGUUUGAGGUUUUAUAACAAUUUCCACCAUCAAAAGGUGCAAAAAAAAGGGAGUGUUAAAUACUUAUAUCAAGUACAACCUACUUCGUCGCCGGCUCUUGGAGUAUCUCAUUUUUAUGUAAUUUUUGAUCGUCUCUCUACUCUCUCCUCUUCCUCUUUCUUCAGCGUCUGGGCUGUGACAACAUGUUGGAGUCUCCUCAGCAGGAGGACCCCUGCCUGCAGUGUGGGGGCAACGGACAGUCCUGCUACCGCGUCCGCAACACCUUCACGGUGCGCGACCUGCCAACCGGUACGCCUCAGGAUUUUUCCCAACAGAACCAAAGGAAUCGUGUUCCCGAGUCUUCACUUCAUGUCUGCUUAUUUUCUGUAUUUGUGAUUUUUCUCAGGCUACAACCAGAUGUUCAUCAUCCCUGUUGGAGCGACCACCAUCAGCAUCAGAGAGUCUGUGGCCUCUCGUAACUACAUCGGUGAGUUUACGAUUUUUCUCUUUUUUAACGGACAGAAUAAAAGACAAAGACGUGUAACUGUACCCUCUCUGUGUGAGCAGCUAUCAAGAACCUGCGGGGGGAGUACUACCUCAAUGGACACUGGGUAAUCGAGUUCUCCAGAGCGACCCCCAUCGCCGGCACCAUGCUGUACUACCAGAGAGGAGCUGAGGGCGACAACGUCCCCGAGACCAUCAUCGGCCGCGGUCCCACCACCGAGCCCCUGGUCGUGGAGGUGAGACUGAACUUUCAUCAUCAUCUUCUCCUCCUCCUGUGACCUCCAUCAGCUGAGGUCAGGAGGUUUUAUGAGGAGGCGGAGCUCUCCUGUUCAGUCUGGUUUUUGCUCCUCAGAGGGCAGUUAGAGGAGCAGCUGAUGUUCACGCUCCUCCUUCUCCUUUCAGCUGAUCAGCCAGGAGCCAAACCAAGGAAUAGAGUAUGAGUAUUAUCUCCCUAACGGACGCUCCAGAGAGGGAUACUACUGGAGCUUCGGGUCCUGGUCUGCCUGCAGCAGAGAGUGUGGAUCAGGUCAGAGUCUCGGUCUGUUUUAAAACCUCUUCUUUGUCCUAAAAAGAGGCUGAAAUAAAAACUCUUUUCUUCCUCCUCUCUCUCUUCAUCAGGAUAUCAGUCUCGUUUGGUCUUCUGCACCAUCGAUAACGAGUCCUACCCCGACUAUCUGUGCGCAUCUCUGCCCAGACCACAAACCAACCGGACAUGCAACCCUCAUCCGUGCCCACAAGUCCGCAGGUAAAUCUCUUUCACAUGUGACACUUUUAUCGAAUCUCUCUAAGGGGUCAUUUUUGUUUCAUUUACCCUGAAGUGAAGAUGAACUCGGUCUCAGAGCAAACGUCUGACUGUUUUUUAUAUAACUGCUGCGUACCAGGAUGGCGUACCAGUAUCCACCAAAGUUAUGGAGAUCCUCAGAAAGAUCCAGAGUCUAUGUGUACAGGUAACCGGGCUCUGUAGUGGUGAUAGUGGUAGAUGUAGAAGUAGUGUUUCUUUUAGGUAGCUGCAAACACACGGGGAGAUCUUUAUCAUGGAACCAUCACUGCAGAGAGAUCCUCUUUAUUUGUUCACAAUAACACAGGUUUUAAUCCACUUCUGAAAUCUACAGGACUGUGAGACUGAUUAGCAGAUCAGUUUUCGCUUUUUUUAAAUUUUUGAUUCAAGAUUUUUAUCAAUAAACCAUUUUCUAAAAGUGAGAUGCAUCACUACAACAAGGAAAAAUCUCAAACACGUGAAUGAAAAGGAGCAGAAAGAAGAAAACUCUUAUAGACUCCGCCCCUUAUUCAUUAUAUAUUAAUCAACUAAACACAUAAUAAAAAAAUAAACCAGAGCUGCAGGCCAGCGUACCUUUUUACAGUUCAUUAUUUCUUAUUUUCCAAAACAACCAACAAAACGAACAGAAAAGACCACGUUAAUUCACAUUGUUUCACAAAACAAACAGACCAAGACUUCGAUGAACUAAUUUCCCUGUAUUUACUGAACAGAAGAUAAAAUUUGGUUUUGCUUCUUUAGUUUCUUUGUUCAGUUGAAAAGUUGAAGUUUUGUCCUCCUGGAGCUGAAAAUUCACAAAUCAUCGGUUAAAACUGAGACGACACUUUCGCUCCGCUCAUCCAUCUACAAACCCGAGCGGCUUUGACCGUUCGCUCACCCUGAUUCAGGGCAUUCGCUCCUCUUCAUUGUGUACUGCAGGUGGCUAAUUUGCUGUGCAAAGCAUGGUGGGAUACCUCGCACUCUUGCACGGCAGAACUGUAUCAAGUCAUGUGUAAACAGAGAGCCAAUUGAGAGGCUCUCAGAGGAGAAACACUCUGACUUUUCAGCCGUGAUUGAGUAAAGAUGGUCUGAAUAUUCAUGGAUCUGAUCACACAUUGACGGAUCUUUAUGCUCUAAUAAUCAUAAUAUUAUAUCCUGAAGGUUUAAAGAUGACACAACUCCACUAAAAAAGCUGCUCAGAGAUCCACAAACUCUCCCCGUCAGAUGUGUUUGACUCUAGUCUCUGUCUUUAUCAGAAAACCUGUUUUCUGUCGUCGAUGAGAUCGUAGAAACGCAGAGACAGUCCAGCUCAGAGAUCCUGUUUUACCUCUUUAACGACCCCUUUUCAUCCUGAACACCCUGAACUUCUACCUGACGUUGAUAUGAUACCAGAUUUCUAUCAAAUAGCCCUUCAGAACCCUGAUCAGACCCUGAAGCCCGAUCCCUGAGCUGGGCUGCUGUCUGACUCCUUUAGUGAACUCUCCGUCCCCGUCCUGUAGUGUAGCUGGUGUGAUGUGAGGUCAGAGGUCGUCAUGGGGGUGGUGUUAAUGGGUAAAUCUGCGCUGCUGUAGUGUCGUGGUCGUAAAGAGCCGUGGCUUCAGUCACUGCCUCUCUGGUAUUUCCUGCUGCUGCUCAGAAACCUGAGACGUUUAUGAAGCUGGAGCUGAACCCUCAUUAACCCUCGAUGUAAAGAUCCGGUUCAUGGAAGACCUGGAGCAGAGGGGACUCGUGUCUCUGAGUGGGAGAGAUCUACCUUCUAGUCUGAGUUAGUUACCUGCUUUAGUCGACUCUGCAGAGGCGUCAGCGUCUCUUCAAACUAAGAGCAGGGAUGGGAGUUGAUACGAUUUUAUCGAUAUCGUUACCAUGAAAGACUCUGCUUAUUGAUUCAAUUCUUUAACGAUUUGAUAAUAGAAAAAGAUGCAGUCUAAAAAUAAUUAAACAUCAAACUAUUUGUACAACAUUUACUUGGUCGGUAUUUAGUCAAAUCAGGGUGACCACACUCCGGAUCUCCGACACGGCUACACGGGGUGGAAUCGUGCGCAAAAUUUUGAGGGUGUUUCUGGUCGGGUCGAGUGUUUUUUACGCACUUCUAACUUAGUUAGUCCACGCCACACAAACAAAACUUCCAUAAGAGACUCGUUGUCGUAUUUCUUAGUGAAAUGAAGCUUUAGAUCGUUUCCGUCUACUUUUCGUACCAUCCGCCUUGUUUUUUUCCAAAGUCUCGGUUCUCCUUGCCUCUCAUGAGACCGUUUUCCAAAGCACCCGGAAGAAAGGAAUCGUUACGGGAAUCAUUAAAAUGAAAUCUAAACGAUGUCGAUGGAUUGAACCAUUUGGAACCGGUUCUCAACAAGAACCGGUUCUCGAUUCCCAUCCCUAACAAAGAGGUAAAAGUACUUCCUGUCUCUCAGCUGGGAGUCACUGAUUCGUAGUUUGGCUCCUGAAUUUUCUUCACCGCUGCAGUCUUCUAUCUUGUUUCUCAAACUGAAGCUUUACUGAUCAAGAUUAUUGGUAGAAUUUCUCCUCAUCUUCGUUUUCCUGUCGCUCCUCCCUCCCUGACGGCUUUCCCAGCUGGAGGACAGGAGAGUGGAACGCCUGCUCCGUUACCUGUGGUGGAGGCUCUCAAGUGCGCCGCGUGGAGUGCAUCUCCCAUGAUGCAUCUGGCCCCCGUGUGGUGGAGGAUGCGGUUUGUGCGGCCUACGCCGAGGCGCCCCUGUCUCUGCAGACCUGCAACAUGCACCAGUGUGCGGAGUACAGAGCGAGCAGAUGGAGCGCGGUGAGUGGACCACCUGAACACGGGUCCUGAUUACGGAGAUGAGACUACAUGAACGUCUGUUUUAUUUGUACCCGUGUUUGUUCCAGUGUUCAGUGACCUGCGGUUCAGGCCAGCAGACCAGAGAAAUCACCUGCAUCGGUUCAGGAGGGAUGAGACUCGACGAGACGACCUGCAGCGCUCUGCCCCGCCCAUCUGCUGUCCGACCCUGUGAGAUGGCGGCCUGCUCGAGCCUGAGACCCCGAGAGAUCAGCUGGCAUGUUGGAGAGUGGGGACUGGUGAGUGAAAACCCGACCAGCACAGAGACACACACCGUGUAGUUUUCAUUCAUGGUGAUCUCCUCUGUCCUCUCUAGUGCUCCAGGAGUUGUGGAUCCGGCUCCAGGGAUCGACAGGUGACCUGCUCAGACCGGGAUGGGAACCUGUACGCUGUGGAUCAGUGCAGCGCCCACCCAAAACCCGCCACAGUGGAGCGCUGCAACACCCAGUCCUGCUACAGCCCUCAGAGUGAGCGUGUGCAAAAACAACUCUGCGCUGUCGUGGCUUGUAUUGUUGUGUUUUCGAGUGUCCGUGUUAGGAAAUAUGAUGCUGUCUAGUGGACCAAUCACAGGGCUUUAAAUCUGUUUUGUUUUGACAUGUAGUCGCAGUUUAAGGAGGAGGAUUUCAGACUGAAUAUGAAGGUUUCUGUGCAGGUACUGGGUCAUGCAAACCUCUGUAAGAGUGUAGAGUCAAUGCGGAAGGAAAAAAACAGGUUUCACUCCUGCAAGAUAACGUUUUCCACUUUUUACUCUUUUAUCAGAGGUGGGGGAAAGUCCUUACGUUGCAAGUCCAAGCCAAGUCCAAGUCCUUACCGUUUCAUAUCAAAGCCAUAAACCAUUUAUUAUAUGUACAGAUUUACAUCAAUCAUGAGCAUUUUUCACUAUUUGCAUUUAUUAUUAAACAAGGGUUCUUGUUUGUGUUAAGUUACAUAGUGCAGCUUUAACCAAACUAUUUUACAUGUCAUACAAAAAAUAAUCAGAUAAACUUCAAUUAUUGGAAACUUAGACAAUGUGCACAAAAAUAAGGAAGACUCAAAUACAAUUAAACAUUAAACUGAGACUCUAAUUCACUGUUCCAAAACAAAAGAGAGACACAAGGAAACACGUGGAAACAGGCGGGCAAUACUAGCGAGCGAUUUAUGUUCAGACAGUGUUGCCAAGUUUCGUGAGAGAAAUAAGGAAACAGACCUCCAGAAACAAGACAAAAACAAGCAAUCUUUUUGCGGAAAAUAAGCAGACUUGGCAACACAACACGGUGUUACCAACGGCCGUAACUCCUGACUAUUAGCUGAUGCGACACUUUAUAAACGAUUUGGGCUUGCUGUAAGGUAUUAAGUGACUUGAAAAGACUUUUCAAGUCACUGGGCUCCAUUCAAGUCAAGUCUCAAGUCUUUAGCAAUCAAGUCCCAAGCGAGUCCAAGUCAUUUCUUGAUCAUCAAGCAAGUCAAAAACGGGACUCAAGUCCAAGUCGAGUCUCAAGUCGAGUCGUCAAGCCCCCACCUCUGUCUUUUAUCGCCCAGCCCUACAUCGUGUGACAUUUUAAAAAGAUUGAAUACUAAUUUUACUUCAGUGUUCAUCCACCUGUAUUUAAUAAACUGAAGCUAAUUUGACAGGAAAGGCGUCUCAUCCACCCUGGAUGAACUCAUUAACAUUAUAUGAAGCUCUCUCUUACUGUCCUGGUUUUUGUCCUCUUUCUGCAGCGGUCCCCAGUGUGCAGGACCCACGAGGACAUGACAACACUCAGACUGGUUUACAGCCCCACAGACCGGACCAUGGGACAUGUAAGACACACGAGUGUUUCUGUCUUUACAUGCUGCUUCUUUAAACACUAACAUUCAUAACUGUAUAAUCAGCUGUAGGUAUGAUUCACUCUCGUUCUCGCCCCCCUCCCGUCCCUCCUGCUCAUGUAACUCCUGUCACUUUGUGCCCAUCUGCCCCCUCCUCCUCCUCCUCCUCUUCUGUCCCUGCACUAAUUAUCCGGGCCUGAUUGACGUGUUUUCGGGGGUCCAUGGGUACUGUCAGCCUGAUUAAAAUAUUUCCCGAGCACUGAAGUGUGCUGUUGCUGGCUGUGGUGCGUUUGGCAUGUUGUGGCAUUCUGCAGAACCGUCCCAGUGGUCAGGAAUUUCAGGUCUGAGGUCCGGAGCGUGUUCACUUCCUGUGCGAUUGUUUAGUCUGGAAACUGAUUCACUCUCUGCUGGAUCUCCCGAUAAAGAGGAGUGUUUUAAAACCGUGUUUGUUGUUCAGACUCUCUGUGUGGUCUCAGGGAUUAAAGUUUCGACUCUGUUGUCAUUAUCCGUAACGUUGUGUGAAGCUGGUCCACGUGUGAAGCUGGCUCAUGUGUGUCUCGUUUCAGCUCGCAGACCGGAGACAGAUCCCACCCAGACCAACACGGUCCAUGACCCUCACGGCGGCGCCCCCGCCCUCCACUGCAGCCAGUCCCUUUACGGAUGCUGCCCAGACGGACGUACAUCAGCCGGGGGCCCCAGAGGUCUGGGCUGCCCUCGGGCCCCGACUCCCUCUUCAACUCAGCCAGCCUGCAUCCAGAGCAGGUAACCAAACCUGUCAUUACACCCUGGAGGAGGUUACAUAAUGGAGCGUGUUGUAUCGACUCCGCCAGUGUGACCGCUCUGACCAGAGGUUGUUUGUCACGACACGCUUGACCACCAGAAGAACCACUAAGUGACGGAGCGGAGGCUGAGGUUUCCUCGAGAUGUCCAAACUGCUUAUUUCUGUUAUUUCUGACUCAAACUUUCAGCACAGAGUGUUUCUUUGUGCUUCUAUUUCUGCUCCUCCUCCUCAUCCUCCUCUUCUUCUUCUUCUUCUUCUUGUUUUGUUCUCAGUUACGGCUGCUGUCUGGACGGAGUGACGGCGGCUCGGGGCCCAAACAAGGAGGGUUGCAGAGAGUAUACGGCCCCCCCACCCACUGUAAGAAAGACGCAUGAUAAUUUUAUUCACUGAAUAUUUAUUAACUAGACAGACAUGAAAAUUAUGGUUUAAGUUAAAGGGAAAAGCAGGAGCUAGCGCCGUAAUUAAACACUCACUUAAAAUGGAUUCUAACGGCUAAAAACGCCAAAAUCGGUGCGAACAUAGCAUCUUUGCUCUCUGCUGCACAGAGCUGUGCUGUGCACUCUCCUCCUCAUGGAUUUUGAAUCUUUCCACAUCCAGAUGCAGAGCUGACUCAAAGUUCGGUGAUAAAUUUCCCUGUUUAUGGAACGAAGCAAAAACACAGCUGAUGCUAUUUGAUCAGAAGCGAAGUUUGUGGUGCAUUUAAAGUUUUUCAAAUAGACACAGAAGCUGCUCAGUCCUUUUGUGAAUCACACCCUACAUUUAAAAUAAAGUAUAUUUUAUUUUUACUAUAAAUCACUUUCUUCCGGUUUAAAUAAAUGCUUUUAUUUUGAAAGUCACCUGUCUUCUUCUUCUUCUCUUGUUUUCUCAGGUGUCGUCGUCUCUUCCUACCGAGAACGCAGUGCAGUGUCGCCUCACCACCUACGGCUGCUGUUUUGACCGCACCACACCUGCAGGAGGACCCAACGGAGAGAGCUGCCCCAACCCGCCCAACUACAGUAAGACACGAGGGUUCGAAACCAGACUCUAGUGUUUGUCAAAAUCAAGAACCGUCUCUGCCAAAAUUUCUCCAAAUCUUCUUCUUCAAAUUGUUUUUCCUCUCUCGGACAGCUGGGGUUGUAGUCUCAGCCGUGCCAGCCCGGUCAUAAUCAGAAACAUGGCGCUGCAGAAGUGUUGGCGGUCUGCGGUUUUCCAGGUCACGGGCUCAGAUCCAGAAUCUAUUUGUGAAAGUCUGAUUAGAAAAUGAAUUUGAAAUUUUUGGCAGAGCUCGGGUGAAAAAAUGUAGGAUGACAAAACAGUCAAAGCUGGAGGUCAGUUUAGCCGCAGGGUUCUCAGCUGCUUUAGAUUGUCUGACAUGGGCGUUCCCAGGGCGCAGCGUCGACUGACCGAGCGAGCGCGUUGUGUUGUGUCAUGUCGGUAACUCCGCCUCCUCUGAUGUUCUCUCCGCAGUCGAGCGCUCCAUCUGCUCUCUGCCUCGUGCCGCCGGCUCCUGCAGCGCCUGGACUUCCCGCUACCACUUCGACGUCAUCACCUCCAAGUGCGUGCACUUCUGGUACGGAGGUUGCCACGGUAACAGCAACAACUUCAUGACCCGGGCUGAGUGCCAGAGGGCGUGUCAGGUGCCAGGCCAGCAGAGCCCGGGGCAAGCCCCUCCCCCCGCAGAGCCGACUAGGAGAGGAGGCAGCGCUGGAAGAACCUCAUCCUCAGGAGGAGGAGGAGGAGGAGCGGGAGGCAGCAGGUCUGGAGCAGGAGGAUCUAGAGGAGCUGGAUCCACCUCAGGAGGGUCCACAGGUAGAUCAGCCUCCAGAGGGUCAUCAGGUGGGGGAUCACGCGACAUGGGGCGGGUUUUCACCACCCAGGGAGGCUCCACAGGCGGCACAGCAGCCGAACACGCCCACAGAGCUCGAGUGUACCUGCGCCCCCGCCGACCCCCACCCAGCACCGCAGCUCAGUACACCGGUCCGGCAGCGAGGUAAGACCCCGAAGGGACUGAAAGCUGCCUUCCUACUCCUGCUGAAGGAACCCCGAUCACCUCAGCCAUGAGCGUGACGGGGGCCUGAGAGUGAGCUGAAGAUCCAUCAGCAGCCACAGACACGACAUGUGCAUCAGUCACCUAAAACGAGUCUUUUAUUAUCGCUUUAUUAAUACAGAUACAGAGCAUGCAAACUUACGACAAACUCAUGAAAAAAACUUUUAAAAAACAGUGAAGAUUGUGUUUUAUUUUAGGAAAGAAAACAGAUUAGAUUCACUUAAUGUGUAAUUUUUAUAAAGAUGCAUCUUUAGUCUUCGAGUCGGAUCAGGGUGGAGAUUUAUCGUUCCUAAUUCUUCCUAAUUCUAAAGUUUCCUGACAACAUGUCUAAGAUCUUGUUUUUUUAUCGGCUCGGACUUGUAAUCUUGCUGCAGAGAUGUAGACGUGUACUUCAGGGACUGUCAGUAAAUCAUAAACUUGUUAUUGCUGAGUUUAAACCGAGGUAAAAUAAACCCAAACUUUGGGUCGUAUUUGUGUCUUUAUUCUGCAGACAAACAGAAGAGGUUUGGGAGACUCUUUCCAAACUGUAAUCACUGAUCAGUUUUUGAUUGAUUUGAUUGAUGCUUUUAUUGAAAAUUAUCAAUGAAACAGGAAAAUUUGGUUUGCAAACACCAAAAAAAUUUGCACUUGGAUCUGAAAUCUGAACAUUUUUCUUGCAUGUUUAAAAGUUUUGUUUGCAAACAUAAAAGUUUCAGAUUAUUUUUUAAAGUUGGAGGUAAAUUUUUGUGUUAAUCAAACGAGGAAGAAAAGAACAAUUUUACAGAGAAACCAACAAAAGUGGUUAAAGUCAUGUUUGAGUGAUGAAAGGAGGUCUGAGGGCGGACAUUUGGGUGUAACGAAGGUGAGAAGUGUUGGUGUUUCCGAAUGUUUUUGUAAAGGGCAGGAGCGUCACAGGAGUACAAAGGAGGAUUAGGGACACAAAGAGAAAAAAAUAAGUACAGGGGGGAGAUUUUUUAAAUUUCCAUUUCGAGAUUUAAGUUGACAUUUCGAGAUUACGGUUGAAAUUUAAAGAAAAUCAAAUUUUACGACUUUAAUCUUAAAAUUUUAACCCUAAUCUUGAGAUUUUAACUUGUAUUGCCAAAUUUUAACUUUAUGGACAUAAUUUCAAUAUUUUUAAUCUCGAAAUUUCAGCUAUAAUCUCCUUCCUGUAAUUAUUUUUUUCCUCUUCAUGUGGCCCUAAUCCUCUUUCAUACAGGUCUGAUUUAAAUCUUUAUUUCAAUCUUGGAUUAUUUUCGUCUUAGAUUUUCUUACGAGGGUGAGACCUCGGCUAGAAUCACAAUGACGGCAGAUAAAUUCUCAGAUUUGCAGACACUUUUUUCCAAGUUGCAAACAAAACUUUUAACAGGAAUUCUCACCUUUUAAAAUCUGGGAAAUCAUCGCUACAUUUUUCCUUUUUUAUCCACUCUCAAGAGGAGAUUUGUGAUUACAGUUUUGCACCGUAUUUCAGUUUAAUUCAUGAAGAUCUCAAACCUUUAAAAGUUUGAUGCAGAAUAAACCUCAAAAGUAGCUGAUAAAACCGUCUGGUUGGUGCUUGAUGAACAUUUUUAUCUCAUGUUUGUACACCUGAAUAUUUCCUGCUUUAUUGUUUGUAUUAAGCUUUUUGCAGUGAGUAGAUUCUCCUGAUUCUUGUGUUGCUGGUAUAAUCUCAGCUUUUGUUUUGUGAAACACAUCACUGCUGCAGCUUUAGCCGAACUAUCGUCUCCUCUUUCUAUCUUUAACCUCGAUAAAAACAUGUGGAGAAGUUUACAACCUCACAGCGACCCUGAAUGGACAACCGUCGUGUUUUUAUGCUUCUGGGACUUUUCACUGUCUGUCUACACUUCACUUCACAACAGUCGUCUUGUGCUUUUUUGUGUGUCUGCUACCUCACUGUGUCGGUCUCCGUCUCAUGUUUUCGGGCUUUGUGUUGUCACCUUGUUGUCUAAUAAAGGUUGUGCUGUGAUGCCUCAUCUGUCAUCGUUUGUGUGUCGUCACUAAACUCCAUUUGUCUUCACUUUAUGUUGUGUAGUUGUAGCGUCAUCCUGUGUUUGUUUCAGAGGGGAAAUGUGUCGUUUUUUGUUGACUCGUUUUGUUGGUGGAGGUUUGUCUCGUGUCUCUUCAUGUUGCAUGUGCCAAACUUUGGUUUCCUCGCUGUCUUUCCUCCCUGAUGAACCCUCGAACCCGGGCUGUGGGCGCUCUUUAUGCUUGCUUUGGUGACGGUGAAUAAAAGGACCAACAGUGGAGCAUAAAGUGACUCUUUUCCGACUUUCUUCUGAUUCUACCUCCUUCGUCUCCUUUCCUUGCGUCCCCUCUUCUCCCCUCAGUUUGACCUUGGGUGGAGUGAGCAUCGAUAAGUCGGACCCCGCCACGGUGGAAGCUUUGGUGGGUCAGACGGUGGUGCUGCCCUGCAGAGUCAGCCCGCCGCCAUCCUCCACCGUCGUCAUGGAGUGGAGGAGGGACGGCACGCCUCUGUCCAAUAACAGGUCAGCGGUGUCUCAUAAACGCACUCAUCGGUUUAAUUUCUAUUAAUUUUGUUGCUUUUUUAAAACUCUCGUCUCAUGUUUUCUUCAGGCAUCACCAGCAGCCCAACGGAUCCCUGUUGGUCGGUCCUCUCUCUAAAUCGGACUCUGGUUGGUUCUUGUGCGUGGCGACUCGUGUACGGGAGCGAGACCACCGCUACAUUUACCUGAGUGUCACAGGUAAGGCCGAACAUCUGAAGAAAAACUUUAUCGAACAAGUAUCUGCAUCCAGACGCAGAGCAGUGCAGAGAGAAACCAGCCACUUGAUAUCCAGGGGUGAAUCUAGAAGGGCUGCACUGGGUGGCAUCGCCCCCUUCUCCUUGAAAUCUGAUUGGCCACCCCUGAUGCUCUGCAAAAUCCUUAAAUCUGAUUGGAUAUAUGGUUUAUCAGAGGCGGGUUUUGCUUGAAUCAGAGUCUUAUUUUUUUCAGAACGUGAAUCAGACUUACUCUUGUCUUAAUGAUUUUAUUAAAUCAAAUUUUUUGAAAAAUUUUGAAAAACUUUUUUGCUCUUGAGGAGAAAAACCCAACUCUCCUCCAUUGUGCCAUCGAUCUAAUUGGGGCCAGAGUCAGUCAGAACCUUGAUUCGACCCACUUUAACCCCAAUUAGUCCAUGACGGGAAAAUUAGAUUAGAUUACCGUGGUGACGCUCUGAUGUCAUAGAUUAUGAUGAUGUCACGGGUCGUCGAAAUGAAGUGACCCUGAAAAGUUAGCUGUUGUUUACGCAUGACGUGCUAAUGUGACGUUAUGUAAGGGAGUUAUGGUAGACUGUUCACUAACUGAUGAUGGUGUGUGUGUGUGUGUGUGUGUGUGUGUGUGUGUCAAAGAGGGUCCGUCUCAGCCUUCGCCUACCCUCCUGCCCAGAGACAGUCCCGUCCCUCGGUAAGAACAUGUCCCCGUUCGCUGAUACACCAAAAUGAUUCCCCUCGUGUUUCUAUAAAGUAGAUCUUCACGCCGUGUUUAUGUAAAUUGUCACUUCCUGUCCCCGUCCCGUCUUCCUGCUCAGGUUCAGCAUCGAGCGAACCAGCUCGUCUCUGCUGGAGAUGCGCUCAGGACAAACAGCCAGACUGAGCUGCAGGAUCGUUCCUCCGUCGGCUCUGCAGUACGUCAACAUCCAGUGGACAAAAGAUGGACAAACCAUCUACGACUCCAGGUAUCUGCUCUCCUGAUUUCUGCACGUGUCUGAAUGUUUAAUAUAUUUUAUUAUCCUUUAAUUUGGACUGUUUGUAAAUUAGCAGGCUAAAGAUCUGAGAGAUUAGAGACGAUGAGGAUGUGCCUAAGUCCUCAGUCAGGGUUUAUAAAUGCAGAGACCAUUUUUGAGUCUCAAACUGACGUCUGUUUUUCAGAUACACACAAAACUCCGACGGGACAUUGAUGAUCAGCCCUCUGAAGUCCGAUGACUCCGGCGUCUUCACCUGCACCGCCUCCACCCAGCAGCAGCUGGAGCAGAGACAGCUGCAGCUCAAAGUCCAGAGUGAGUCUCUCUCAUGUCUCAGCAGCACUUUUAAACGUUUGCUGAUGUUAUUUCUCUCUUCCACCAGCAGAGGUCAGUAUAUCAGCACAGUGUGUUUCAGGUUGAUUUAACAGGAGGAUAAUCUAGUGUGAGUUUAUGAAAGUUUUAGACCAAAAUAAAUCUUUUCUUUUAUGUUUCGAUUUUCCAGCCGACCUGAAGAUCACCACAGCUCCAAACAACAUUGUUGUGUCUGAAGGAAGCACGGCUGUGCUGCCCUGUGUGGUUUCAGGAGACAAUGUCAACAUCGGCUGGUCCAGGUGAGAGACCUUUUGUCUGUAUUAAAGCUCCAUCAUGUGUGCUGUUAAAUCUAGUGUUUAAUUUGCUCUAAAUAUGAUUCUUAAAUGACCAUUAUUUACAGUAAGUGACAUAAAAAGUGACUGCAGUUAGUUUAUGUGUUGAAUUCUGCUGUAUCAGGAUAGUUUAAGGAGUUAAAAUAGAAACUUAUCACCAAAUUAAUUGAUAUUUUGAUCCUUUGGGUUUUUUUGUAUCCCUUUAUAAUUUUGUUAGAGCAUGAAUGUUUGGAAAUAAGACAUUUUUAGUGAAAAUCUUCGACCAUCACAACCCUGAAGUAAGAAAUCUACCAUCUAAAAAUGAGAAACUUUAUGGUCAUUUUUGUUCAAGAGAUAUAUGGAAGAAAUUUGUCUUUAAAAACCGCAACAAUAAAAACUGAACUUUACUUUUUACACUCUGGGUUUUAUGUGGUUGGAUUAUUGAUCGCCCGAUCUCACAGGUUGAAGCCGACCUUCAGGGAUUAUUUUGCAAAUAGCACCUUUAGAUAUUAAUGUCAGGAGAAAUCUCUGUGCGACCUCCAAACAGUAAAAAAAGAGACACAGAUGAAGGUGACAGGCUUUUUCUCUCCUCCUCGUUGCCUGCAGAAACGGCGUCCCGGUGCGCCCCGAUGGUCGUAACAUCCUCACUUCGUCUGACGGCAGUUUGAUCCUGAACAACGUGAAGCCGUCAGACGAGGGAACGUACACCUGUAACGCUUACACCGGGAUCUACUCGGUGAGCGCCACGGCUGAAGUUAAAGUCACUAAAGACUCACAAGGAGGUGAGAGUCAAACUCUGGAGUUUUUGAUGUUCUUGGAUUAUCAGAAGAUUAAAUAAUCAAUCAGAAAACAGGAGCGAUAUUGUUUUUUCUUCACUUCAUGACUUUCUCUGAACCGUCUCAGGUGGCGAAGUUCCUCCCGAGUGCGUGGAUCAGCCCGAGCUCGCCAACUGUGAGCUGAUCGUCUACGCCCGACUCUGCUCCAACCAAUACUACUCCAGCUUCUGCUGCGCCAGCUGCACCCGACACUCACAGAGGAACAAAAGGUUCGGCCGGCUGGGAUAG